CCGAUGAAAAUAAUUACAGCCGAUCCAGUAUCGCAACCUGGUAUGGCCCUCCACUGCUGCAGAUUCGUAAACAAAUUGACGUCCUUGGCCAGUCUCCUACACCACCAACUAUUUCGAUUAUUCGAUGCCAGUGACCGCUUUCACGACUGCACUGGAGAGCCGGCAACAUGUGUACGGGAAUGACACUUAGUUAUCAACCCUGUAACCACAGGACCAUCCAUUACUCAACCAAAUGUACGGACGACCAAUGCCUAGAAAUGCGCCAAUUCCCCAUAACCUUUGUCAACGGAUAUUGCACAUCAUGCAUGGGAUCAGAUCAUUCGUCUCAUUCAGGCUCUAUCAACACCAUCGAGACUGUGGAUACUGAUGUAUCCUCUGAUGUCAAGGCAAUUGGAGAUAAACUCGAUACCUUGAUCGAAUCUUGCGGAACCAUUGCUGGGGUCGUCAAUUCCGAAGCUCGAAGGCGCUCUUCCAUCUCCAGCCCCGUCAAGGUCGUCCAAUUUGCUCGCGAAGUCGGACUUCGACCAAGCGAUAUCAAGAUCCCCAUCAGCAAACCGAUCACCACAAGCAAGGAAUCGAAAGAUGGCAAUCCUUUGACGAGAGACAUCACAGCCCCGAUGGCAGUACUUCAGGAAGAGCUUAACAAGUAUUUUCAGUUCUGGCGUACUUGCUUGAAUGAAACCAUAGAGCGGCAGUUGGCUGGCAAUCCUGAUAUGAAGGCGGUAAAGGAAUGUCUCCAUGCCUCUUACCAGUGGUUGGACGAUAAUACGAGCAAAGCGUUUGAAGAUGCUGAGAGAUUGGUAACCUCAAAGUGCCGGGAACGUGUAUAUCUGGUGUGUUUGUUUGUCAUCACGGCCUUCUUCUUCGGGUUCUUAUUUGGUGUGUGGUUCAACAAUGCUUGGAUGAAGGUCUAGCUGGUGAUGGUGAUGGUGGUAUGGGUAUCUUCUUCUGGGUUGCAAUGCAAGAUCUGUGGCUGAGUGUACACGAAGAGGGCAUAUCAACUCUGUAAGUCAGCACCA